GUUUAGACUGUCAAAAUAUUAUCAAAAAAAAUUAAUUUUCUUUUCGCAAAUUGUUGGUCUUAUUGGUUCGCAUUAAAACAAAAUCGAUUGGCUCUGCUGAAGUACGAAAAUGUUGAAAAACAUUUUAAGAACGAAAACCAAACCGAAAUAUGUUUUGUGCAACAACAACUGCUAAAUUGUCACUCACAAAGAAACUCACUGAAAAAGGGAUUGACACCACGACAAAAUUGAAUCAAAACAAAAUUUUUAACGCAAAUUCGUUGCGACCACAAAAUCUUCGAUCCUCGGCCAACCGGAUUGACUGUCGGUAAUUUUCAACUCGGAACGCCAAACCAUCAUCGCAAAUGAGAUCAUCCGUUAGUUAUAUGCUGUCUCAAUCUGCUGUCGAUACAAUUAUGUCCAAACCAGAUUACGAGCAAAACGCCCAUCAUCAUGGCUCUGUGCUGGUUUUAGUUCGUGGCAUUGGACCGUCAAAGCCGCGCUCUUUGCAAAAGGUGUUCGAGAGACUGCAGAAGGUGAACAAUGUAAAAAUCAAUGACUCAUCGGGUCAGGUGCGGGAUAUUUGGGUGAGAUUCGUUCAAGAGCAUCCGGUGGAGAAUAAUGACUGGGGAGAUUUUCAAACCCAUCGCAGACUGUUGGGUCUGUUGACCGUUGGUAAAUUUGAGUCACAAACUGAACUGAAUGAACUUUGCCGGGUGCACGAGUCGCUGAAAGUCAAAUACAGCGACACUUUGUUCGAUUCUCGGUCCUUCUUGUUUUUCGGUAGACGAAAUAAAAAGUCGCUGGACAGUGGAAAGCUCAUCACAGAAGUGAGUGACAUCGAGCACAGUUCGCUGAGCAGUCAUGGGAGUCAUGGAAGUAGUAACAAAGAAAAUAGUUCGUUAAGUAGCGACAAUUCCACCAAUGACGGUGACCGGAGGUCAUUGGAUGACGAGACAACAAAAAGACUGGAUGAAGAAUUCACAACUCCGUCCAAUUUCAAAAGCCAAGCGUUUUUCUAUCCGGAAAAUGAUCCGUGCGAUAAUCUCGAAACGUCGGUGGCUGAGUUCGUCAACUCAUUGUUCUGGAUCCUCGAAUCGAAACGAUUGGAGCGAACACGAGAGAAGAUCGAAAAGGUGUCGCUGUUGUAUGCACCGUUCGAGAAAAAGGACUUUGUUGGACUGGACCUGGAUACGAGAAACAAUCGGAAACGGUGUAUGGGUCGGGCGACCAAAAAUUUAGCUGAUCUGACGCUUCAAUCGGGACUUGUGUCGGAAAGUUUAACAUUGUACCAUACAGCAUGCGAAACAUUACGUGCCAUAGGUGAUUCGUUGUGGUUGGGAGCGGCAUAUGAGGGACUCUGUUCGGCUUCGUCAAUACUCCUCUAUCCAAACGUUCGUUACGCAACAUCACUGCAACGAAACGCUAGUCUACAAGACUCCCCACAAAAGCUAUCCAAUCGGCCACUCAACCACGAUAACAUAGCCAAAGCAGCGCUCAGUAAAAAGAGUGGCUUAGUGAUCCAAUUGGAAAGUGACACUGUGGUGAAAAGCAGCAGCUCUUCAUCGACAUCGUCGUCCACAUCGUCCGUAUCUUCAAUACUCUCCACAUCAUCGUCCGGCUCACUGGCAUCCGAUAAGAAAGACACCCCGACGUCACCGUAUCCGCCAAAUGUUUUAAUGCCCGACGACAUUCCCGUCAAAUAUCGUGAUGCGAUCAUCAACUACAGCAAGUAUCGGCAUGCCGGUAUCAUUGAGACUGAGGCUGCUCUGAAGGCGGCUCGAGUGUGCAUCGAACAGAACCAAAAUCUUGAGGUGGCGAUUUUUCUGCAGAACGUGCUGUACAUCAAUUUGAAUAUGAGCGAACAGGAACGGGUGCAGCGAUUCGAAACGCUGACGGAAUUGUACCAACGAAUCGGCUACCACAGGAAGGCUUCGUUUUGCCAACGGUUGGCGGCAUGGCGUCAUGUCGCCCAAAGCAAUACGAAUCCGGAUUGGGGACAAAGCUAUCAGUUGAUGUUGGACAGCUUCCCCGGUCAUCGUUUGUCCACCGAUCCGAUUGAGGUGUUACAGCAAGGAUCUGGAUGGCCGUGCUUACAGAUCGAUCUGCUGCAACAAUUAAUCGGUGCGGCUAGACGGUUGGGACAGUCCGCUUUAGCAACCAGACACAUGACGUUUCUGUUGCAGACGAUGUGGAAACAUUUGACGCCCAACGAACAAAGGGAAAUGGCAUUGCAACUGCAGAGUCUAAGCGCACAAUGUGAAGGGUCGCCAGUUCCGUUAGUGCUCGACAAUGGCACCGUAAUACCACCAGCUAAUCUCACUGAUUUGCCGUAUUGCGUUCACUUUCAAGUCCAAAAUCUGCCGUCACAUUUGCAACCACACAAAAUUGCCGUGAAUAAGGUGGACUGUGGACCGUUCCUUUUCACUCCGAUUCAUUUCAGUUCGAUCGACCGUCGGACAAAGAAAAAUGACAGUAAAAUUGCAUUCCAAUGGGUUCAAAAUGAUCUGUGCGAAAUACACUUGAAACUUACCAAUCCACUUCCGUUUGAGCUACGAGUAGCUGAUAUGAGACUUUUAACGAACGGCGUUGUGUUCGAAUCACUUCCCGAAACAGUGGUCCUACCAACAUCAACGCCUACCGCAAUCACUCUGCACGGCACACCAAUCGAACACGGAUCACUAGAAAUACAAGGCUACAGCACCCAUACGCUUGGCGUCAAGUCCAAUUGUCGACUGAAGGCGAUGACUGAUCGAAAAUUUCCGCCAAAUUACACAAUCGAUGUUAUACCAGCUCUGCCGAAAUUGGCCAUCGCAACGUCGUUACCACAAACAGCGACAUUUAGCAGCAUGGCACAGAGUGACUUUGUGAUUAUUUCCGCUGGAGUGACAGUAUUCAACGGUGAAACUGCAGAGUGUACGAUCACCCUGACAAAUAGCAGCAAGGUACCGAUCGAGUAUUUGGAAGAGUCCUUACACUCAACAGUGGAAGCGAAACUGCAAGGUCGCAUUUUCCAAUGGUCCAGUGCCGAAAUACAGUCAAAACUUCCGAUCCAACCGCAUCAAUCAAUCGACUUCAAGGUAACCAUUUACGGCGAGGCUGACUUUUUGGGACCGCUCACGAAUGGAAUCGGAGGUGCAGGAUCUUCGCAUUCAUCAAAUCACAAUGCCGGAAGUCACGUUCAUGACAUUCAAAGUGUUAGCGGCGGUAAUCUAUCCGUAUCGGGUCAAAAUAGUCUGCCGAGCCGAAUGAGUUCACCAGUGAACAUCCAUCGCAGAACCGAAUUGACAUCGAGUUUCCGGUCAACGCAUUCGGGACAUUCGUCUCUGGCGACAAUUAGUUUGGGUGGUGUUGGCAGCAGUACCACUCGCCACAUGGAUGUGCAAUUUCGGUUUCGGUAUUCCGGUGGCGAAGGCUGUAAGGAAGGUUACUGCAGGCAGUGUGCAGUUUCGUUUAAUUUAGAAUUUUUGCCUAGUGCUCAGGUCACAAACUGGGAUGUUUUGCCGGCGGAAAUACCAUCUCAAUUCUAUCUGGUAUUGGAUGUGGUUAAUCUAACAGCUCAGGAGAUGUCGUUGAACUACACAACAAACAAAAGUAUUCUCAUCGAAUCGAAGGAGAGCUGUCGUGUGCCCGUACCAGUGGAAAGGUGUCCGUUGGAAAGACUCUUAACGGAAAAUACUCAAACCAAUGAUGCUCAAUAUAGUUUAUUAAGUGGUGGCACUGACGUGGACAUGACGGAACGCGCCUGUUCGGAGCAUAUCUCCGAUCAAGUGAAUCUGAAAUGGACACUGACCGGAACGGAAACGAGUGGAAGGACAUCGUUGCGAGGGAUUUCACUGUCGGCGACGAUGCUGGGAUUAAUAACAGUGGCGCCACUGCAAUGGGAUAUCUCCGUUGACGACAACCCGAUUCCACCGCAGUCAGAGGUGAAAUGUUCCGCCGGAACAUCGGUGAAAUUUGGCAUAAAAAUUUGCAACCUGUCACCAUCACCUCUUGAAAAUCUGACGCUAAAGAUGCAAUUCUAUCAGGACUAUCAGAACGGCGUGCUAAACUACAAACUGGAAACUCGCGUCAUAUUGUCCGGACCGGAUAGAGUGACCAUCGAAUCGCUGAAUCACAAUACAGCGACGUCGCACGAAUGUUCGGCUAUUUUCCUGACACCAGGACGCUACAAGGCCGACAUACAGUGCUGUUCGAAGCCGAUUGGUGUGCAUGGUGCUGCUAGUAAAUUGAACGAUUCGGACGUACAGGUGUGGAAGUAUAUUCCAUCGAUUGAUAUUACGGUAAUGGAGUAAUGGAUCGGAUACAAUGGGCCGGUGAUCUAGUAUAAUAGUUGUUCUUCGGUUUCUCCCUUCUUUUUUGUUUUCUUUUUUGAUACUUUUUCUGGUUACGUUGGAUAAAAAUUCAUUUUUCAAAUGAGACAAUUGUUAACAAGUCGUAUACAAUGUGGACUUGGACUGGGCGGUACAACGAGAAGUUUAUAAUAAAUCCUUGUUUUGCAUUUAAAGAAA